AUUGAAUAUCGCAGAUUCACUGAUAUUCGAUUCUCACCAAUAUCUUGAUUCUUGGAUUUGAUUCUCAUCGAUAUCCCGAGUUUGGUAGCGGAGCCUCUACGGAGGCCCUUCCCACGGGCCGCGCGCUCACGCGCGCGUGCCUAUCGGGCUUGCGCAGCAGACAGGUUGGUUUCAUACUUGCAUCAGGACCGUAGCUACUACAGUGCACUGGAUUGGUUGCAGAUCUACAUCUGAUACCACAAGUUGACGGAUUGGUUUCGCGUAUUUCUCAAUAUCAGCUGUAGCACCUAUAUCGCAAGAUGCAGCAGGCGACAGCAACCUCUCAGCUUGGUCUUCGACAGUGCACGAAGGGUGCGCCCCCGGGAUGGAGGCCCAGGGCCUGCCCGAUCAAGGGGCGCCGACCAUAUCUUGCUAUCUGGGGCUGGCUGACCAAGCUAGAUCAGGAACAGCUAGGACCCGCGAUCACGUCAAGACUCGAAGGAGAGAGAAGCGCUAGGGAUUGCCAUCGGUGUGACCAUUCAGAGGCCAGACCCCAACACGAUGCAGCAGACGACGUACGAGGGCAUCGAGGCAGUGUCACUCGAUGCUCAAGAAGCCAUCAACGAGCCCAACGCUGGACAGCAACUGGCGCCUCCUGAUCCUUCUGGAGUCAAUGUGUCGAUUGCGAAGUUGACGGAACUCUAGUAUCUUGAUAAUCAUGACAUUGCCUGGACCAUUCUCGACGUAUUCCUUUUUCUGUGAAGCCCUACGACGUGGAAAUUCUACUUAUGUAGUUGAAUGGGAGCGCCUCUACUCGGAGGCUGAGAAGCACGGAGGUCUCGCCAUCGGCGACAGCGGCAAGGCCUGGUUGUUCUUCAGUCGUUCAGGGACUCCAGAACGCCAACUCGCAGAUCUACGACUCAAGGUCGGCGGCGACCUCACGCGUGAUCUUGGGAUGAUCGCUCUUCAGUUUCAGAUCUCGAAGAAUGAGUCAGCCAGGUACGACCAGUCCCGCGGAUACAAGCAGUACAACACCAGGACCGGCGAGGAAGAGUAUUGCGAUGACGUUUGGAAUGCCGAGCGUUACUGGAACGAGGACGAUCAUUGGUAUGACUAUGAUUCUGGUCGAGACUUGGACGUAGAAAGAGUCCUACGAUGAUCAAGUAGACGAAGAUUGGCAAGAGGAGUAUCCUGAUGAAUACGGAGAAGACUACGGCGGUUCUUACGGCGGAAAAGGCAAGAAGUCUGGAGGCAAGUUUCGGCGAGGAAAAGAUGCGGAGAACAGGCGCGCAACGGACUCGGCAGCAACGGACGAGGAAAACGACCUUGCGGAGAUCAGUGUACGGAGUGCGACAGCAAGUGGUUCAACGCGUCUCCGUAAUGGCAGGACGCCAUUGUUUUCAUUUAGGCUUCUACACAGUGAAUCAAAAUAAUUGCUGCGCCAG